AUGUCCACUUCAAGAAGUGUUGGCAAAAUAAUCGUUGGAAUGCCAACUAGCGAUGGAGCUGGUGUUAGACUUAGAAGAAUAGUAGGUAGACCUAUAUCUCUAUUGGACCCAAUCAUCAUGGUCGACGAAUUCAAGAGUGACGACGCCAAAGAUUUUGCCGCUGGAUUUCCAGAUCGUGGAUUUGAAGCUGUUACUUAUAUGCUGGCAGGUUUCAUGGAACAUCGCGAUAACAAUGGUAAUCAUACGACUAUAAGUGAGGGAGAUAUACAGAUCAUGACUGCUGGUCGUGGUAUUAUACAUUCAGAGAUGCCCAGUAGCGAUAGCACUGGAUUACUAUGGGGAUUUCAAAUUUGGUUCAACUUACCUCGCAGUUGCAAAAUGAUGGACCCCCGCUACAUACCGAUCAAGGCUGCCGCCGUUCCUCUGGUGAUCGACCAGAUCCGCGGCAGUAGAACCAAGGUUAUUAUGGGCGAAUUUAAUGGACAUACAGGACCGGCACUAGGUGUCGUUGCCAACCCACAAUGGCUCGAUGUCGAGCUGCCAAGUGGAGCGUCUUUCCACACAUCGAUUCCAUCGCUAUACACCGCAUUUGUAUAUGUUUAUAAAGGAGUGGGCAACUUUGGUCCAUUGACAAAUCAAAAGGUUCUCAAAGAAUCACAACUGGGUAUUCUCGAUUGUGCAAGCGGCGAAAACUCUGUAGAGGCAUACUCUCCAGAGGGUUGUAGAUUUUUAUUAGUGGUUGGUGCUCCAAUCAAUGAAACAAUAGCAAGACACGGUCCUUUUGUAAUGAAUUCUCAAGCAGAAAUUAAUCAAGCAUUUUACGAUUUUGAAACAGGAAGAUUUUAA